UUGUGAUGUAAUGAAGUAUUGUGGGAUACGCCGCAUGAACGAAGCUUGUGUCUAUGAACAUGAUGUUUAGUUUAGUGCUAAGACUUGUGUGAGCAACACUGUUUUGAUAGUCAGAAGGGUGAAAUAUUUAUUUCUUAAGACGGAAUUGAAUUGAACUUGUUCUACGCAUUAUGCGUUUUAUUAAUGGAAGUGCUGGAUAAUACUGAAUUUUGAGGAACAAUAUUAAUUAAGAAAAUAGUCAUUUUGUGGAUAUUUUAAGUUUUGCUAUAAAAUUAUGUAAAAAAGUGAAAUUGCAUUUAAUUUUUGUAAAUGUGGCCUUAAUUUUCACGCGGAUAAUACCGUGGAUAGACAUUGAAAAUCUUAUAAAAGAAAAACCAAAAAUGAAAUUUCAACGAUGGAAAAUGCGAACUUUUUGGAUAAUAGCUGUGUUCUCAUUAGUGAUACUGUCAAUGGCUUACCAUGUAGUUAACAACUAUGUAUUCGUCCUAUCCACAACAAGAUAUAGAUUAAUUGAAAAUUCUAAUUUUGUGACAAAUAAAAAUUCAUCAAAAAUUCAUGUCCUUUAUUGGACAAAAAUGUUCGGCGCCGAAACUUGGCAUAUGCCAAGUGUAACAAAUGGCGAAGAUUAUUUCAAAUCAAUCAAUUGUCCAGUAACAAAUUGUGUUUUAACACAUGAUAAACAUUUAUUGGAUGCUCCACACCUUUAUGAUGCACUUAUAUUUCAUAGUGCUGAACCAUGGUUGAGUGCAUUACCAGAGACUAGAAGUCCACAUCAAUAUUAUAUUAUGACAUCAUUAGAAGCUCCACCAGAACUAAAGCACAAUCUCCAACUAGACGCAAAUUAUUUCAAUCUUACAAUGACCUACCGAUUAGAUUCAGAUAUUUUAUGGAGCUAUGGAAAAGUCAUUGAUAAAAGAACAAGCAAAGUACUCGCACCAGAUCACAAUGUCGAAUGGAGAAAUCCGGAAAGUGUUGAAGAUAAAGACAUUCAUUCACUGGUUUUAAAGAAAACAAAAGCAGCAGCAUGGUUUGUAUCGCACUGCACUACUCAUUCGAAGCGUGAAAAUCUAGUCAAUGAAAUUGAAAAGUUUAUAGAUGUAGAUAUUUAUGGAAGUUGUGGACCACUAGAAUGUCCAAGAAAUUCAGAUUUUUGUGAUGUGAUAGUCAAUACAACCUAUUACUUCUAUUUCUCUUUUGAGAAUGGAAUCUGUAAUGAUUAUGUGACUGAAAAGUUUUAUAAAAUGAUGAACCUUAAUGUGGUUCCAGUAAUUUUUAAUGGUGUUGAGAAUAUGAACAAAUUUGCACCACCAAAAUCCUAUAUAGAUGCUAAUGAGUUUACAGAUGCUGAAAAAUUGGCAACUUAUUUAAAAUAUUUAAUUGACAAUCCAAAAGAAUAUAUGAAUUACUUUUGGUGGAAAAAGUAUUAUGAUGUGGUCAUUCCAGCAGACAAAUAUGCACACUGCAGUAUUUGUAAGAAGCUCAAUGAAAUGAUUAAUGAGGAUCGAGGACAAUAUUAUAUAAAUAUUUCUAAAUGGUUUUAUAAGAAUUCGUGUAAAAAGCCUAAAAUAAAAUUUGAGUAAUUUUUGGACGUGUGCCU